UGAGCUGAACACGACGAGCAGUGCGGAGUUAAAAGCCCAAGACUUCUUUAUAUCAUGUAUGGACGAGGAUAGUGUAAUAGAAAAACUUGGUGCCAAGCCUCUAGUGGACAUCAUUAAUUUACAGCUAGGAGGUUGGAACGCCACAGGAACAUUCAACCUAAGCACAUACGAUUUCAACCAGACGAUAAGAGUACUGGGAACGUCAUACAGCGAACAGCCUUUCUUUAGUUUGUUUAUUGCUGGAGAUGACAAAAAUUCAUCGAGAAACAUAUUGCAAAUUGCUCAGUCAGGGUUAUUACUCCCAGAUUCAAGUUACCUCAUCAACAAAACUGAGGAUGAUCCGGUUUUAGCAGCUUAUAUCAAGAUGAUGGUGACCGUGGCAACGCUAAUGGGAGCAGACGAAGAUGAGGCCAACAGACAAAUGAGGGCAGUCUUAGAGUUUGGCCAAGAUAUCGCAAAUAUUUCAGUAAGAGAUACUAACAACGAGGAUCAAGACCCGGAGAUGCUAUACCACCUCAAGACGAUAGACGACCUACAAGAAAUCAUGCCUGCUAUAGACUGGUUGAGUUAUCUCCAGUUCCUCUUCAACGGUACAGACAUUCAGAUCACCAAGGAUGAGCCCAUUGUUGUCUAUGCACCGGAUUUCCUCCAAGACAUGGCCAAUCUCAUUCUUUCUUCAGAUCCAAUAGUGGUUCACAACUACAUGAUCUGGCGUCUUGUCACGUCUUUGAUGAACCUACUCAGUGCAGACUUCAGGCAAGCCGACCAUGACUUUGAUCAGGUACUCUCUGGCAAACGCAGCAUACCAGCAAAGUGGAGAUUCUGUGUUUCGGACACAGACGCCAGUGUGGGCUUUGCCUUGGGGGCGCUGUUCGUGAAACACGCCUUUGAGGGACAUAGUAAAGCAAAGGCGGAUGAAAUGGUCGAUGAAGUCAAGUCAGCUUUUAAAAGGAAUCUUCCAGAUCUACCAUGGAUGGAUGAAGAAACAAGGGUAGCAGCUAAACAAAAGGCCAACGCCAUCAUAGAUUUGAUUGGUUUCCCAGACUACAUCUUGGACCCUGAGAAACUGGACGCAUCAUAUGAUGAGUUGGAGCUCAAUUCGAGUGAGUACUUCAUGAAUAACAUCCGGGUGCUGCAAUUCCAUGUCAAACGUCAACUGCAGCAGCUGAGAAAGACAGUAGACAGAGGACAAUGGGAGAUGACCCCACCACAGGUCAACGCUUACUACGCCCCGCAGAAGAAUGAAAUCGUAUUCCCAGCUGGUAUUCUUCAAGCGCCGUUUUAUGACAAAGAUUAUCCAAAAUCUCUGAACUUUGGUGGUAUGGGCGUGGUGAUGGGUCACGAGAUCACCCAUGCUUUCGACGACGCCGGGAGAGAGUACGAUAAAAACGGCAACCUCCAUCAAUGGUGGAAGAAUGAUACCAUCCAGAAGUUUAACGAUCAAACGGAAUGCAUGGUGGAUCAGUACUCCACAUAUGAAAUUUUAGGAAAUAAGGUUAAUGGCAGAAGGACGUUAGGAGAAAAUAUAGCGGACAACGGUGGAUUAAAGUCUGCAUAUCAUGCUUAUAUUGAAUGGAUACGAGAACACGGGGAAGAACAAGAGCUUCCUGCGUUAGGGUUAACGCAUAAACAGCUCUUCUUCCUGGGAUUCGCACAGGUUUGGUGCUCAACCUCAACUCCACAAGCAGCAAGGUUACAACUCCUUACAGAUGAACACACACCACCAAGAUAUAGGGUGAUUGGAACGUUAUCAAAUUCAGAAGAGUUUGCUGAGCAGUUCAAGUGCCCCGUAGGGUCGCGGAUGAACCCCAAAGAUAAGUGCGAGGUCUGGUGAGGUCAAAGGCCAGAGUUCAAAGAUUAGAGGUGAAUCGAGGCAGAUGCCCUGUACAUAAAUCUGUAUAUAGCUGUACACAUGUUCAGAGUAUACAUGGUCCUAGCACUGUACAUUGUAGGUAUUUUCUGCAAGAUUCCUGUCCCCCACACUUUAUAAUUUGACAAAGACAAGACGAAAAUGCAUUUUCUUCCUGUUAUCAUGAAGAAAGAAACUUUGAAAAUCUGCUUGUAGAUGUGUUUCAGGUGCUUUGAUUUUAAUUGAAAAGUUUUUAUUUUGCAAGUUAUGUGAUCAUGGUGCUGGAUCCCCCCCCCCCCCGUAAAAGUUUUGUUUUGUUUUUUAUGCCUUACUGCACAAACUACACAAAAUCUGUGAUCCAAGGAAAACGUUAAAAAAGUUCUACAUUUAUCUGUACUACAGUGUACUGCUGUCCUCAAAAGUUUCUUUUUUAAAUCAUUCAAAUGAUACAUAAGAUAAACUGUUUCUUGAUGAAAAUUAUUACUUUUUCCCCUAAUGAACAAACGGAAUAUGAUGUGGUCCAAAGUACUUUACCUCAAAUUUAUAAUCUCUUUUGUAUUAUUAGUUCUGUGUGAAUGUUUAACAAUACAUGUGUACCUCUGCUUUGGUAAGCCUUGUGCUGCAGUCACAUUUCCCCUACAGUGUCUGCACGGUGAGUCGAAGAUGGCCGUUUUACGGAUUUUUGUAUGAGCCACAUACAGGAAGCUGGUAAAAAUUAUAAAAGCGUUUGUUUUUUACUCGCCGCACUGCCGUCGUAAGGGAAAUGCGACUGCGCCAUUAGUUUGUGCCUACCACAAAAUAAGGCAGAGAGAAAAAAAAAGUUCCAGUUAUGAAAGAAUUCAAUCUAGCCUACAUUCCUCAAUUACAUUGAAUAACAUCCACUUUUUGAUAUUGAUUGUUGGCUUAUGAAUUAAGUUUAUUAUUGUACGGGUGCAAAAAAAUAUAAAAUACUUAUAGAAUUUUUAGUCAUUCACUUCCUAUUUCCUUUCCCCCUCUAUUGCUCAUAUUACUUUAAGUUUUCCCCAUAAGCAUUUUCAGAUUUUUUUCCAUCAUGACUAAUCAAUGAUUUCUAUGGAAUAUAUUAAGUUGCUUUUACAGUUUGAUUACUUUAAAAUCAAAUGAACGUUUGAUAUGUAUGAAGAUGAUCUCCACCAUGUUUCAUUUAGGAUGAUGUUGCAAGUGACACUUAUAAGCUACUUAAACUGCCAUUUGAUUUGGCAAUCACAAUCAAUUACAUGUAUCACCAAAUAUAAAAGUAGAAACCAAAUUAGACAAAUCUUCCUCAUUUUUGUAUAAAUUGUACAUAGUUACUAACUUGUAAAUACCAUGCACAAAAUAUGAGUUAUAAUUGAAUUUCUCAAUUCAGUAUAAGAAUGCUGACUAUUGCAAUUAUCGCGUUAUGCCACUACAUGAAAAUCUCAUGUAGGCCUAACUAUGACUAUGACAUUGCAUUUUUUCUUGUAUCUGCGUCCAAAAAUGUUGUGUCCUUGAUUUCAAAUUGUAUAAGCAAUUUCUCUGACCUUGCAGUAUAUUCUGUAAUUUUGAUUUAAUGGUGAAACAAGUGAUUGUCCUUGCUUGCUCUUCUUAGCAAUGUCAUCUUGAAGUUCUUGAAGUUUUUGAUGAAAUUACAUUAAUGUUUAACUGGUUACCAAAUGGUAUGUCGGAACCAUGUGUGUACUGUACUGGCCAAUGUACUUUUUAAGAUAGGACCUGUACAUGUAUUUUCUCAGAUUUGAAAGGAAUUUCUACAUUCUGACCAUCUAAUUCAUUCAUAAAAAGUAAAGUAAUUACUAAGUAUAGUGAUUCACAUUCCAAUAUACUGAAGUGAUUUGAUAUACUUCCGUUUGCAAAUGUGAGUAAAGAAAAAAAAAUUGCUCCUGGACCCCUUUACACAAAGCAUAGCAAUCGAUCGCGAGGCUGGUGUCUAUGAUUGUUGCAUUGGUUAUUGUGCAUGAUCAAUCGUUAAAAUCAAUCCCACGAUCGAUGGCUAAGCUUUUUGUGCCAGGGUCCUGGAAGGGUUUAAGUUCGCGAGGAAUAAUUCCUGAAAUAUAUCAAGGCUGAAUAAGAUAUCAAGAUAUUCUACUAGUGUAAAAGUUCUUUGAUUUGACACAAACGAAUAGCGCCAUCUGUUGAUGAGAUUGGGGAAAAGUGGGGCCAAGUCUCAUACCCAUAGUGCACCUUUUGCUACAGUGUAAACUUAAAAUCUAUCUUCAGGCAUUUUGUACAUUUUUGUGAGGAAUCUUGGCACUCCCUUUCCAAUAAUGUUCUUUACACAGCGCUACUUACUAUUGUCAAUGUACAUUUAGUAAGCCAAUGAUUAUUAUUCCACUUAUCAUUGAGUCUGAUGAUACCUUUGAUAAUGUGAUGUAUGUACACAUACUUACCCAAUACCCUUACAAGGUUAUAGCCCAAGCAGUAAAUCUACAUGUAUAUUAUGUCAUCGUCUUUAUGCAUUGUUUAAUUCAUAGUUCUAUAAUGACAUAUAACUGUAGGUUGUCAGGGGCGUAGGCUGGUUUGAGCAUGGGGAGUUGCACAUCCUUGAGAGAUGGAACUAAAGUGGUAUGUAGGGCGCACAUCUCGGGGAGGCGGAACUAAAGAUUGGAAAAUCAGCUGUUGAAAGCAGAAGAAGGGGUGCAAAUUUUGUUUUGCUUGCCAGUGUGAGAACUCCUCUGCCUACGCCCUUGGUGGUAUUGAGGAAAAGGAUUUUUUUGCAAUAGGAAAACUUUUUUCUCUUUUUUUUUUGCAAUUUGGGAGUAUGGAAACACAGCUUUGAUGCAAAGAUAAGAUGUGAUGUAACAAUGAGACAUUUGUGAAAAAAUGUAAAUUUUGUACAGAGUUGUGUAAAAUUUUUAUUAUAUACAUGUUUCCAGUGAAGGUUUUAUAUAGUACUAGUAUUAUUGUAGAAGAGUUUUAAGUAUUAAACAGAAAAAAAAAGUGUCUCAUGUUUUAUCGUGUAGAUAAGACACACAAGUAUUAUGUUUUAAAUACUUUAUAACAGAAAUGUGUAUCUCACCUGUUGAAUGGCAGAAGGAAUCCUAUGAGAGUGGAGUUAAGUCUGUCUGCCUCUCAAGUCAACUGAUGCUAUCCAUUGUUUCUAUUGAUUAUGGAAUGCUAUGUACGUGCAUGUGAAGUGAAGAUAGAAUUAUAUACAUAUUAUAUAUCUCAAAGAAUAUAUCGUUAUAUGGACAAAAAAUGUUUAUAUUAUUGUUGUAACGCUUAUAACCCAGUUUACUAUCUUUUUAUGUGUGACGAAAGUAUGUAAGCAUGAGUAUAUUUUAUUAAGAAAUUCCAUAUAUUGUAUUGUAUGUGUCACAGCUGAACAUUUAAAACUUGACAGAUGUAGAACUGUUAUUGGUACAUCUUUAGAAUUUUACAGAUAUGCCUUUAAUAUGUGAUAUUAAUUUGCAACGGUAAAAUGAUGGAACUCACUUUUAGGUAAAUUAAUGAACUUUUAUGUGUGUAAGAAUAUGUGCAAGAAAAGUACAUUAGGUUGGUAUGGCAGGGAUAUAGUCUAUGUCUUAAAAUGUGUGUAAUAUAAAAAUUGUUAUGAUUUUUAUUUUUCAUUCAUUUAUUUAUUUCAUUAUUUUGUUAUUCAUUACAUGAUGAAUCUACUUAUUAAAACAAAGCGCGUGCAUGCUCUACAAAGGCCUGACAUAGAUGUAGGAUAUCAAUUCCAGUAGUAUUCAUCAGAUCUGGACCCCGUCUUACAAAGAGUUACAAUUGAUCAAGUCAAACACAACAAUGGAAAGCCAGCAACAUCAGCAUCUAAAAUGCAUGAUUGUUCAAAAUAUUUUCUAGGUAUGAUGUAUAUUCAUACAUUCAUAUUUUUCUUGAAAAUUCAGUGUGCUUCUCUUUGUUUACAAAGGACAUUGUGCAAAUUUCCUAAAGAUAAAAUAAUGACAUUGAUGGAUUUCCAUAGAGUUGAGAUUGAUUGGAUCAAUCAUAAAUCUUUGUAAGACGGGCUCAGAUCUACAUACAAAGCGACACUGUUUGUGUGGCUAAUUAGAAGUAUGCCUGUAUGCAUUCAAGCAAUGUCAACUCUGCCUUCAGAAUAAUAUCUAUUUUUGUGCACUUUGCUGCCAUCUUUCCCUUUUACUAUUAUUAUAUAUUUUUAAUACUUUUUUGUUGCAUAAUUUCUGUACGAACAAGAAUUAAUGGAGUAAUUGGAUGGAAACCUUAAAAAUAAUAACAUGUUAUUCAAUGAUGAUAACUGGUUAGAAUCAACCUUGUCAUGAAUCCUCACACUUACAACUCUCACUUAAAGUUUGUUCUGGCAGUAUUCAUUAAUCGUUCAUAUCUUGUUUAUCGCUUGAUUUUACACCAGAGUUCGACUCCCUCGUGCAAAUGUCAUUCCUACUUUAAUAAUAAUCUCCAUGUCACAUGUGACUAAGGGAAGAUGCUCUACCUAAACCAUCUCAACGUUCAUUAAACAUUUAAACGCGGAUGACAUAGCUUUAGAAAGCUCCCCAUCUCUGAAAGGUCACAAGCAGUUAAAAGUCAGACAUGUAUGUAAAUGGUAUCAUAUUUGCUUGGCACCCUUUACGCGUCAUACUCAUCAUUUCACAUGUCCAAUUUGCCCCUGAGCUUCGCGCUACCUCUAAAAUCACCCCUCGGGCUAACUGGUGGGUGCCAGUAUAUAUCUUCGGAAUGAAAUUGACGUAGUAUCUUUGUCUCUACGGGUAGUGGUUCUGUUUUUAGUGGUUGUGCUGUAAAGGACUGUUGAGGGGGACUUUCUGGGCAGCUCCGCAGGGAUAGACAUUUUUGGUUGCACGUCAACAGGGUGAUGCCAGGACCAGGUCUCACAAAGAGUUAUGAUUGAUCUAAUCAAUCUCAACUAUAUAUGGAAACCAUCAACUGUAUAAUGCUUCAUGUAAAAAAUGUACACAAUGCCCCCUUUUGAACGAAGAGGAGCCGACCGCCUGGUCUAAACAAUGAUGAGUGCAUGUCAUAAUUAGAACACUUUAAUGGACUUAUGCAUUCUGGAUUUUUGCGCUGUUGGCUUUCCAUAGUUACGAUUGGUAGGUUCAAUCAAAACUAUUUCUAAAGUGGGGCUCAGAUGAUUCUUAACGUAAUAUGAUAGGUGUGAUGUUAGUUUUUGUCUUGCUUGAAAUAAUGCUAGGAUCUGUAACUAACAAAACAACAUGAAGUGUGCGUUCCAGGGGGCCGUUUCAUAAAGCUGUUCGUAAGUUAAGAACAACUAUAAGAAUGACUGGCGAUCCUUACAUGUAUGGUUAAUGAUUUUCACCAUUAAAUAUUAAUUGGGAAUAUUUAGCGCAUAAGAAAGGGUUACCAGUCGUGCGUUAAGUCAUUCAUAUCUUACGAACAGCGUUAUGUGUGUAUUUGAGUUUGUCAGACGUGUAUCAAUCAGAUAUGAUUAUUUACGUCUGGGACCGACCUUUAACGUCACCAUCCGAAAGACGUGACCAGGGCUCGAACCUCUGCAUCAAUUUGUAACUUCCCCACAGUUUGGAUUACAGGCGCACGCCACAACGCCCAGUUGAAACGUGCCCCAGGACUUAUGAACUGAUAUGAAUUAAAAUUUAUAGUUCGUUCAAAAUGUAUGUACCUUUAUCUUGCCAAAUUCAAACCAAGGAUAUAUUACACACGAUAUAUCAUGUUCAAACAAUUGCUUUUAGAUUUAAGCUAUACUUACUUUCUCAAUUUACACCAAAUAUUUUGCCGAAAAUACUUAGAUCUUUGUAGAAUUGUUGAAAGUACUAAACAGUUUUUAAUAUGUUAUGUGAAUCAACUUAAUUGUUUUACGUAUAAAAAGGUUUUAUAUUGCUUUUGGUUUGAUGAAGAUAUUAGAAUAUUAAUGCCAUCCAUCCACUUCAACGUAGUACUAAAUCGUGGUGAGUCAUGGCCGCAAGUAACAUCAGUAGCUUUUUUGUACUUUUUUGUGACAUUCCUAUUUCAUUCUGUCAGCUUUUACGAUGUGACUUUGUCUGAAUGCAGUUGUUUCUUAUUGUAAUCGAUUGUAUACUUGUUUUAAUAAAUUAUUGAUGUGCAAAAAAAAAAAUAU